AUGGCAAUUGCUGAAUUCUUGACAGCAGGAGAGAUGAUUUUACUGAGAAAGGGUUAUCCUGGUUUCUUUGAAAAGCUUAGUCAAGUUAGCCUAAGAGGCGACAGUUUCAGGGAGAUAUUCGACAUCCUAGGUGAUCGCAUAUUAUGUGCAGAUUCUGACUCAUGGAUUGAGCAGAGAAAGACUGCACAUAUGUGCUUCAAAUCAAUGGAGUUCCGCAAAUGGGUCAAUGAAACCAGCCUCAAGGAAGUUGGAGACUAUCUUCUUCCUUUGUUGACGCAAGCUGCCAGGAAAGGAUGCACUGUUGAUUUGCAGGAUGUGUUUCUGAGGUUUACCUUCAACACUACCAUGAAUGCUGUGUUUGGAAGAGAUCUCAAGUAUCUUACUUCUGAGUCGCCUAACACAGUAGCCCAAGGAAUUGACGAGGCACAAGAGGCUCUAACGUACAGGGUCCUGAUGCCCACGUUGAUUUGGAAGUUGCAGAGAUGGUUGAACGUUGGGGCAGAGAAGAAGCUAGCAAAAGCAAGGGAGAUUGCAGAACGCUUCAUAGAAAAGUGCAUUUCAGUUGUAAGAGAUGACUUCCUUAGAGGAGUGGAAAAAUAUAGUCUGUUAACUACUUACAUGAAAUUAUCCAAGACUGGUGACAAGUUCCUCAGAGAUACAACCUUGAACGUUUUGGUUGCUGGACGAGAAACUACAGCUUCAACUAUAACCUGGUUCAUCUGGCUGACUUCAAGAAAUCCUCGUGUGGAAGAGAAGAUCAUAGAAGAAUUAAGGCUGGUAGUCUCUGAGAAGAAGGUUGCAGAAAGGGAUGAGGGUGGUGUUGAGGAAAAGAAACAGCCAUGGGUGUUCCAUCCAAAUGAUUUAAGAGGCCUAGUGUACUUGCAUGCAGCAUGUUGUGAAACACUGAGGUUGUAUCCUUCAAUCCCUGUAACUAGAAGAGUUGUUAUGAAGAAUGAUGUCCUUCCAGAUGGAAGCAGUGUGGGGUCAGGGAUGCAGAUACUGGUUUCAUACUAUUCUCUAGGGAGGAUGCCAUGGUUGUGGGGAGAAGAUUGCUUGGAAUUCAAACCUGAGAGAUGGAUCAAUGAAGAUGGGACUCCAAAUCAAGAAAAGGUGUCCAAAUUGUUUGCAUUUAGCAUUAGUCCCAGAACUUGCAUCGGUAAGGACUUGGCUCUGACACAGAUGAAGUUGGUUACUGCCACUCUGCUUUUCAACUUCCAUGUUCAGGUGGCUGAGGGACAAUCAGGUUCCAUCAGAACAGCCAUAAAUCUCUUGGGAUGA